GUGACGCAUGCGCAGCGUGGAAGGGCCUGCGUUCUGUUGCCGCGGCUCCGGGGUCUCCCUUGGCGCUCCGGCUGGAGAAGGAGGAGAGGGUCGCGUGGGGAAGGAGGACAGUCGGCCCCGGCCCGCCUGAGGGGCAAGAUGAGUUUGUUUGGGUCAACAUCAGGGUUUGGAACUGGAGGUACCAGCAUGUUUGGCAGCACAGCUACAGAUAAUCACAACCCUAUGAAGGAUAUUGAAGUUACUUCACCACCUGAUGACAGCAUAGGCUGUUUAGCUUUCAGCCCACCAACAUUGCCGGGGAAUUUCCUUAUUGCAGGAUCAUGGGCAAAUGAUGUUCGUUGUUGGGAAGUCCAGGAUAACGGGCAGACAAUUCCAAAAGCACAGCAAAUGCACACAGGACCUGUGCUAGAUGUUUGCUGGAGUGACGAUGGGAGUAAAGUGUUUACAGCAUCUUGUGAUAAAACUGCCAAAAUGUGGGAUCUCAACAGCAACCAGGCAAUACAAAUUGCACAGCAUGAAGCUCCUGUAAAGACUGUCCAUUGGAUUAAAGCACCAAAUUAUAGCUGUGUGAUGACUGGAAGCUGGGAUAAAACUCUGAAGUUCUGGGACACCCGAUCGCCCACGCCAAUGAUGACUCUGCAGUUGCCUGAGCGGUGCUACUGUGCUGAUGUAGUAUACCCCAUGGCUGUUGUAGCUACUGCAGAGAGAGGCUUGAUAGUUUAUCAGUUAGAGAAUCAGCCUUCUGAAUUUAGAAGAAUAGACUCUCCACUUAAGCAUCAGCAUCGCUGUGUUGCUAUCUUUAAAGACAAAGUGAACAAGCCAACAGGGUUUGCCCUUGGAAGCAUUGAAGGAAGAGUAGCCAUUCAUUACAUUAACCCACCAAAUCCUGCCAAAGACAACUUCACCUUCAAAUGUCAUCGUUCCAAUGGCACAAACACAUCUGCACCUCAGGAUAUCUAUGCUGUUAAUGGGAUCGCCUUUCACCCUGCCCACGGCACCCUUGCAACCGUAGGAUCUGAUGGCAGAUUCAGCUUUUGGGAUAAAGAUGCACGGACAAAGCUAAAAACCUCAGAACAGCUGGACCAGCCAAUAUCUGCUUGCUCCUUCAACCACAACGGCAAUAUAUUUGCAUAUGCGUCUAGUUAUGAUUGGUCAAAGGGGCAUGAAUUCUAUAAUCCACAAAAGAAGAACUAUAUAUUUCUGCGCAAUGCUGCCGAAGAGUUAAAACCCAGAAAUAAGAAGUAGUGAGUAUAAUUCAGACCAUCCUUGUAGCACUGCUUUCUUGCCACGUGCCCCCCCUCCACCCCAUUGUUCUCUUUCCAGUUGUCUGUCUUGGAUUGGUAACCCUUAGCAGGGGUCUCUGUGACGAAUACCAAAGUACAUUCUUAUGGGCUGGAAAAGUACCCUUUGACUAGUGUGUUCCAUGCUGCCCAGGAAUGCCUGACAUUUGCAUGAAGACUUGCCAGUUUUCUUAAUAGUUGCAAAAUCCCUGCACUGGACCAAGAAACAGUUGUUGCAUCCUAAGUACUUGCCAAUAUUUUAUGAAUACUACAGAAAAACGUGUGCUUUGCAAUAAUUCUCAGCAAACCUUUUUUUCUUACUGGAUUGAGAAUUGGGGCUAAUGAGAGUUAGGGAAAGUAAGUUUUUGUGAUUUUAGAUUCUUCUGAAGUUUUCUUUUUCAUAGAAUUGUAAAUUUAAUAUUAAUCUGCUGCCAAUGUGUACCAUUUUUUUGGUCUUAAGACAUAUUUUUCUACUCAUGUAAGCGGGCUAUGUACUGAAGGCAAAAAAAAUAUAUAUUCCCAGAAUAAACCCAAAUUAAGUUUUGAUGCAUUCUAGGAAUAAUUCAGUUCUGAUUUAACUGCAAACUGUGCCUAGGUUGUGGUUUUGAGAUGUGUGCAACUCACUAGGGGGAUAGAGUUGCAUAGCACAAGCCCUCUCUUGUGGCACAUUAACAUUCAACAGUUGAGAAGGUGACUACAGACCCAGGGACUCGGUGUCACGUAGAAAUACUGUUGUGCCUGUGAUUCUGUGAACUCUUGCGGGCGAACAAUACAAUGUCUCUGCAUUGCACUGUGCCCAUGUCUGUAGUAGCAAGAAAAAGAAAGGGCCUUAUCAUAGCUUAAAAAAGUUUCAUAUACAUGUGCCACAUAAUAGGACCACUUCUGUACCCUAAUCUGUGUCUUAAAAGAGCUGCAGAUGCAGCUAUUUCCAAGUGUCGCCUCAAGUAGAGAAAGCAUUCCUAGCUCCACUAAUAUUGCAUAGUGUUAGGCGGGUAAACCUCAUCGGAACACAACUAAGUAAAAAUGGUGCAGAGGCUUAUAUAAUGUGCAUCUAGUCCAGGCUUAUUCACAUUGGGGAAUCUGCUGUUCAAAACGUCGAAGGAUUUUCUUAAAAAAAGGCUUGAUGCUGAUUUCCGUUUUAUAAUGAAAGGAAGAGGGGGGGGGCAGAAUUUG